UGGGUGCUGAGUGCACCUCUCUCCGCCUCUGGAGUCGGACUUUUGAGCCACGUGCCGGAUGAAAUUAUAAUGUGUUAAUGUUGUUGUUUUUUUCUUUCUAUCAAUAAACCCUGGAAGUUUUAUGUCUUGGUCAAAGACAUAGCGAUGACGUCACUAAUGAGGAACCCACGCUGAAAGGGGAAGGCGAUGGAAACCGCUUGUUUUGUUUUAAUACUUUGAGCUUUAUGAUUAUUAUAUUCAUUAUUUUUUCACCCCCCCCCCCCACACUUUUAAUCGCCUGUGUCAUGCGGACACGAUGGCUCAGUCGCAGUUUGCCGCUCUUCAUCCUCGUCCUCUUCGUGGUUCUCUACGCGGGCUUUCAAUGGGACGCCGGCCGCCUCUCGGAGCUAUCGCCGGCGGCCCGUCGUCGUCGCCCUCCGGCGCCCGAUGAGCUCCGGCGGCCGCCCCCCCGAGCCGCCACCCUCGAGGCCGGGGUCGCCACCGCCGGACUGCGGCUGGAGGAUAUUUUCAUCGCGGUUAAGACCACCGGGAGGUUCCACGGGACGCGCCUCGCCCUCCUUUUGGAGACCUGGAUCUCCACAACCAAGACGCACACAUUCAUUUUUACAGACACAGAAGACGACCACCUGAAAGCCGAAGGCUACAACAUGGUGGCGACGGGCUGUCAGUCGGAUCACAGUCAGCAGGCUCUGGCGUGCAAGAUGGCCGCCGAGUACGACCGAUUUCUGGCAUCCGACAACAGGUGGUUUUGUCACGUCGACGACGACAACUAUGUGAACGGCGAGGCCCUCGUCGCCGCACUCGCCGCCUUUCCGCAAGAUGGCGACAUCUACGUGGGCAAGGCGAGCCUGGACAAGCCAAUCACGGCGCACGAGCUCGUGGAGGGAAACGCCACGAGGGAAGUGAAGUUCUGGUUUGCCACCGGAGGGGCAGGAUUUUGUUUGAGUCGACGUCUGGCUCACAAGAUGUCCCCCUGGGCCCGCGGCCCUCGCUUCCUGGAGACGUCGGCGAAGAUCCGCCUGCCCGACGAUUGCACGGUGGGCUUCAUCGUGGAGGAGCGUGUGGGGGUCUCAUUGGUCCACUGCCCCUUGUUCCACUCGCACUUGGAGAACCUCAUGUUGCUUCACCGCGCCAGCAUCCCGCACCAGGUGACUCUGAGUUACGGCCUGUUAGAGGGCAAGCUGAACCAUGUGGAGCUGAAAGGAAGUUUCUCCAAAGAAGAAGAUCCAUCCAGUGUAAUUAAUAAUCAGGUUCAAGACCCUGCACUGCUUGCUGUACCCGCUGACCAGAUGGUGUCCCUGAACCACCUCCAAGAAAAACCAGGAUGAUGAGAUCAGAACCUCCAGAACGUUCUGACGAUCGUCUUGACUAUGAACUAGUCAGACAUGUCCACCUUGACAGUUGUUUUAUUCAACUAUAAGACACUGUUAAAUUGUAUAAACAGUUGUAAAAUAAACGCUUUUUAAAUUUA